GUUCUUCUAGAAGCCCGCUCGACAUUCACAGAAUGCAGCAGUUGUAUCGCCAAAGUAUCCACCAUCAGCACCAGUUGCUGCAAGCACGGGGGCCUUCGCUCGCGUCCACGUCCGGGCGACCAUGCGCCAGGCCAGCAGGCGACUCCCGGCGUUCCCUCCGCUGCUACAGCUACACCACUGGGAGCAGCUCCUUGGAGUCUCAUCCAGUAAAGCGAGCCUUUCUGUCUAUUGGGGUAUCGCCGAACGACCUGGAGCGGGCCGCGAGGUUAGAGCCUUCUGUCCUCGCGGUCGACAAGCUGGAUCGGCUGCACGGGAUGAUUGACCUACUGCUGGGAGCAUCGUUGUCUCCCUCGGAUAUCGGACAGGUUCUGCUAGCGUAUCCACAGGCCUUCCAGCUCUCCCUGGACCGCGCUCGGGAGGUGCUGGACUUCCUGCGCGACGACAUGCACCUCAGCGAGUCCCAGGUCCGCACGGUGCUGACGCGCUAUCCAAGCAUCCUCAACAUGAACGUCAAGGGCCAGUUGCGCCCCCAGGUAGCGUACCUCAACUCGCUGGGCGUGGGCCCAGAGUCGCUGCCGGAGCUGGUGCUGAGCCGGCCUCUGGUGCUGGGGCCCGGCAUCGACACCGUCAUCACCUUCCUCAAGCGGCUGGGCGUGCCGCGCUCGCAGAUGCACCGCAUGCUGCGCUCCUGCCCUCUGGACUACCGGGUUCAGUUCAAGAGCUUUAGCGCCGCGGCGCCGGGUGGCAGCUCUUCCUCCUCGUCCUCCGGCGGCAUGGGCCGCAACUAGUGGAGGCAGGGAGCGGGAGGGCCGGGCCGCCGGAUGGUGGAGUGCUGGGCGCCGUAGCAGCCACCGCUGCGGCACCGAGGCACGUAAAUGCACGUCCGCUGUUAGUAUAGUGCUGCUGUCAGGCUGCUCGCGGUUGGCCUACCGCCCGGGCCGCCUACCUCCUGCAAGGAAGGCGCCGGGGAUCGGGCGCCAGACGAUGGAAUGUGCUCACGUGGGCGCGCCUCGCAGCCCUCGCUGGAGCUUGGAGCGCGUGGGGGACCAGCAGCGCAGAUGCAUACAGGCGAGUGGGCUGGAGCGCUUGCAACGGCGCAUGGCGGCUCACACUGGCCCUCGGCGCUGGGCCUGCGAGUGGCAGGGCCGUAGCGCAUCUCGUCACUGCGCAGCAAAUGGGUUGCGCGACUCGUGGCGUUGUACACAGCAGCACUUCUUAGUGUACAGUACGCUUCAUUUGAUGUCUCCCUUGAGGUCUCCCUUGAGAGGAGAGUCGCCGUUUCUUUCUCACAUCUGGCCUUCACACGUCGGAUGGGGCAACGCCAGUAUGUGGCCGGGACCUUGAUAUAUACCACAGUUGUACGUACUCCGAACGGGCUUGGUUUGUGCAGCAAGCCUGCGCACUCUACGGGAAGGGGAGGGCGCUUCCGGGCGUUCGCAAGCCCGGCUAGGUGGCAGAGCACAAGUGCAGCGCGGAACAGGAGCGCUCAGACGUGCGGUCUUCUCACAAGAGAAGAAUACGAUAGACCGGGACAUGCUAUGUGUCGGGUGGUUGCUCACAAGGUGUGGAAAGGCUAACUGUGAGGCGCUGUGUGGCGCGUUCGCCAGCCUGGCUUGUGCAGCUGGAGGCAGAAGGGAGGCACGCGCGGGGUUGCGAAGCAGCCAAGAGGCUCGGCCGCACCGCGUGUGUAUUUGGGAGCGUGCAUGCAUGUGGCGGGUGCUACAUCAAAACGCGCGUUCGUUGUACCAUUAAUCUAUAUGUAUUAUAAGCAUGAGCGCGUGAGACAGAGGAGGUGGGCAGCAUGGUCGCCAUAUUGGUAACGGACAGCACGGCUGCAUGCAUCUUGCUAACUUGCUUCACCACAAUGUAUGGACCGUGUGUUAAGGACCAAGUUCUCUCGGUGCCGGACGGGUUGCAGAGGCGGAUAGCGAAUUGCUGGCGUCUAGCUGUGCUCGUGUCUGGGUUGCGGAGGGUUGUUGGGCUUGAAGCUGAUGAGCUGAGAGCUGCGUUGGGGCCAGCACCUGUCAACCGUUGCACAGGUGGUUGUUCGGAAGGCCCUGCUUGAUGUGUCAAGGCAUGACGUCAGGGGACAUGUGUGGGUUGCCAGUGGAUGUGCGAUGUGUGGGUUGCGGAGAUGGAGGCCGUGGCCGCGGAAGGGAUGAGCGAUGGAAGUUAGGACCAUGCACGGACCUUCCGCCGCGUCCCUCACUCACUCCCAGGUCAACGUGAAGUGCGAAUCAGCUUGUAACGAGGCGCAGAA